CGCCCCAUCAACUGAUUUCCGUUCGUAGAACCGAACUUACCACGUUCAUCGCACGCUCUCAUCCAGCAAUGAGACUUCGAGCUCUCUUAAUUGCCGCCUUAAUUUCGAUUACCGGUGCGCAGCGACAGACCGCGCAGCGCCCGUCUCGAGCACCGCAGGCACAGAUCAAAUAUCACGAUCCGAAUGGUCUGAAGGUCGAUUGGAAGUACUUCGCUCCUCAGAACCAAUGGCGUGCUCAUCUGCAGAAUUCCCAACAACAGUCUCAACAAGCGGAAGCGACUCAAUCCGAGCAAACUCAAGUAAAUCCAAGCCAGUCUCAAUCUCCAUUACUCCAAGUCGGCGAGGAUUACCAUAGAGCUUAUUCUCAACCUGAGAUCCAACCGGAAACGCAGCAGAUUUCUAAUCAGAUACAAUACGGAAGAUAUGUUCAGCCGCAGCAAUUCGAGGAGCAGAACCCCGAUCAGUUUCAGUACAAAGUAUACCCAGCACCUCAAGCCGAGCAGCAACCACAGCAAAAUCAACAAAAUCAGGAUACUAGGUUCACAGACGCUACCACUCACGCUAAACGAAUUUUGGAGAGUUACAAGACGCAAGGCACUUACAGCGAGCCGAGGGCUGAACUGUAUCAAUCGGAUUUCGUGACAGCCCAACAGUACGAUCAGCAACCUAGGAAUCACGGUUACCAGCAAUCUUCUAGUGGCUACGAGCAAUCGGAGCAAUCUAAGUCCAGACGAGAUUACACGAACAGAAGAUCCCAGGGUAGGAUUGUAUACAAGGAUGAUUAUGAGCAGCAGCAACAACAACUACCACAAGUGGAGCAUAUACCUGUGCCUAUUGAGAGACUACCAGCACCCUCUCCUCAGAAAUUAAUUCUUGAUCAGAGUAUGCCUAAAGAGAUUCAGCAAUUGCUGCAUUACCAGGCAAGGUUGCCUUACGAUGUAAUUGCGAACAGCAUUAGUUACAAACCGAAGACUCUGUUUGUACCAAAGCAGAUCUCCGCUGAGGCCGAGGUUAAGGAACCGUAUCAGUAUCGCAGCAAAAUUUAUUAUGUGAAUCAUGGUCGAUACGAAGACGAUUUCGAGAUCACCAAGCCUGUUGAAGAGAAUCAGAGGCAUUGA